AUGACGGAACGUUAUGGCAACGGUGUAACCACCGAUCUCGUAGAGUUACCAAUUCGUCAAAAAUCACAGGAAAAAAAUGGCAGCGGUAUCGGUGAAGACCAACCUUUGUCACAGACUAAUGGCGGAGGAGGAGAGGGUGAUAAAAUUGUACUUAAACGCAAACUGACCCUGAUAAAUGGUGUAGCUAUAAUUACAAUUGUGGCAUUGACUUUUGCCCAAUAUGCAGCCAAACCAUUUUUUGAGGAUUGUGAACCGCCGGAAAAUGCCGUAAAACUAUUGGGUGCUGUGUGUUUGUGUCUCCUCACAGCCAUCAAUUGUCUCUCCGUGAAAUGGGCCAUGAAAGUUCAAGAUAUUUUUACUGCUGGCAAGCUCUUAGCAUUGGCAUUAAUCAUUCUGGCUGGUGUUUAUCAAAUGGCCACUGGACAAAUGGAGAAUUUCGAAAAUAUGUGGGAGGGCAAUUAUGGCGUUGAGAAUAUUGGCUUUGCCUUCUAUUCGGGAUUAUUUGCCUUUGGUGGUUGGAAUUAUUUGAAUUUUGUUACCGAAGAAUUACAGGAUCCAUACAAAAAUCUACCCCGUGCCAUUUGGAUUGCUAUGCCUCUGGUCACCGGCAUUUAUGUUCUGGUAAAUCUAGCCUAUUUCGCUGUGGUCUCAAAAACAGAGAUGCUCAGCUCCCUAGCCGUGGCGGUAACAUUUGGUAAUCGAAUGUUUGGCUCGUUGGCAUUUAUGGUACCCAUUUUUGUUGCCUUGAGUACCUUCGGAGGUGUCAAUGGUGUCCUGUUUACAUCGGCCCGACUCUUUGCUACCGGAGCUCAGGAGGGUCAUUUACCAAAAUUCUUUCAACUAUUCCAUAUCAAGCAACAGACGCCCAUCCCUUCUUUGAUAUUUUCUUGUCUGAUGUCAUUGCUGAUGCUGCUGACAGCCGAUGUCUAUGCCUUAAUCAAUUACUUUAGUUCGGUAUUGUGGUUAUCUGUGGUCGCCAGUAUAGCUGGCAUGUUGUGGCUAAGGAAGACGAGACCCGAUAUACCACGUCCGAUUCGAGUACAUACAGCUCUGCCGAUUAUUUUCAUCAUAUGCUGUAUUGUUUUGGUGUUGAUGCCCAGUUUUACACAGCCAAUGAAUCUCCUGAUGGGUUUGGCCAUAACCCUUGCCGGUGUACCAUUCUAUUAUGUGUGUAUUGCCUGGAAGGAUAAACCCAAAUGCUAUGGACGUUUUUCACAUGGCAUUGUACGAUUGUGUCGUGCUAUAUUCAAUACUACCAUUAUCGAGGGUAGUGAAAGUGUUACAAAAUAA